CAGUGUAGGGUAUUUCUAAGUGUACAGUCUGAUAUAGCUCUGAUAAAGGUCAUCUGUUAACUCAUUGUACCCUUUAUCAGUUUUAUUGCAGGCAUAAAUCUACAUUAAUCUGCACCCGCCUAAAUGAUUUUGUGCUUGCAGUGUGAAGUAAUAUGUCUGUCAUGUCCGGUGGUACCGGUGCUGGUUUCUCACGUGGGGAGGCGUAUAGACUGCUCUUUAUUAGAUAGUAUUUGCCUCACAUAUGUGUGCAAAAGCACAGGGUUUUCCAACAGACAUUUUGCAAGCUGCUGUAAAGUAGAAAUGUAAUUUUUAUUCCCUCAUCUGUAGUAGCUGGUUUAUUCCAAUCUGGCCAGACAGAAUAGGAUUUCCAAACAAUUGCUGGUCACCUGCCAAAGUGUCUGAAGAGACACAAACUCACCAGCCUGAAACAACAGUCUACCCCAGCUCGACGCGGCGCUGGUGUAAAUUUUCCGCCUUGCUUAUGAAGUUUUGGCUCUCCCUCAAACUUGUCAUGCGUGAGUGUUUUGGUGUGCAGCAACGUACAGUUAGGCUGCGUACAAGCUGUGAACAGAGGAGGUGGAAAGCAGGAGGGGGUGGCCAUAGGCCCUGAGCCCUGCUCGUUGAGUUUCCGAUCGGCUCAAUCCCGGAUUAGUUCACUGACGGAGAUGCUGCUGAGCCUUUGCCAAAUCAGGUCUCGCUGCUACACCCACAUAACAGCACAGCACUCAGUGAACAGACAGCAGAGAGAUGGAGGCAUUCACUGAAAGUUUUCCCCUGCUAGACACUGAGCAGGACCAGAACCUGACUGAGAGUGGACUUGCCUACAGAAGAAGAGAGCAGAAAGGCUUUGCUUCAAGGAUCCUUUUGACCUUUACAGAUCCCAUUGUGCAAGCUUACCAGGACGUUGCUGUUUUUACUGUAUAGGGUAUUUAUAACAGCAGAUCAAGGGACUCCUGAGGCGAAUUCCUCUCAGGGAAUGUUUCCGUUGCUCCCGGGGGGACGAGCUAAGCAGUCGCACACUCUCUCUGAAUCAAGAGGGGAGCACUAUGUUAACAACAGGGCACCGCUCAAACUUAAAACAGCAAGUGCUGCUGCCUUCAGGGGACAUAAGCGUCCACGAACCAGAGAGAUAGCCUGGUCUCCCGUUAGCAGGUCCCUGGAUGCCCCGCGGCGCACCGUCCUCAGCCGCGCAGUGCUUCCCAAUGGCUGGGAGUUGACGCCGUCCACCAAGAUGACGCUGCGUGAGCAGCUGAGAGAGAAGAUCUCGGCGGCCUUCUACCGCCACGGGCUGCUGUGUGCCUCCUACCCAGUACCCAUCAUCCUUUUCACCUCCGCCAGCAUCCUCACUUGCUGCUAUCCGUUAUUGAGGCUACCCCUGCCUGGGACAGGUCCUGUGGAGUUCACCACAGGGGUGCGAGACUACAGCGUCCCUUCCCAUGAGCCUCAGGGAGACCUCGGAGAACAACCCGACUGGUAUCGGGGUCCUCCGGUAGCCUAUAUCCAGCAGGUGCUGGUGAAGGCGGCGGUGUCUCCAUGGGACAGCAGCCUGGUGCCGGUGGAUGUAUUUCGGUCACCGCUGGGUCGAGCCUUUAGCCUGCUGGAGGAGAUCCGCAACCAUGUUCACUCUGACAGCUCCGGGAUUCGUAGUCUGGAGUCGCUGUGUCUCCAGGUGACAGGUCUGUUUCCUGGGCUGCGGCGGAUGCAGUCGGUGCUGCCAGAGCACGGCUGCCUGCUCGUUUCUCCUGGAAACUACUGGCAGAACCAGCGGGAGCUGUUUGACUCGGACCCCGACCUCCUCAAGACCAUCCAGAAACAUGAACCGAAAGGCCUGCACACCUCAGCCACGCUGCGAGAUCUGCUGUUUGGCGUCCCUGGAAAGUACACUGGCGUCAGUCACUACAACAGGAAGAGGGUGGUGACAUACACAAUCACUGUGGUGCUGUCCAGCUAUGACGCAGGGUUCCUGGGCAGCCUGCGGGCCCGUCUGAAGCAGCUCCACCCGUCGGCCAACUGCAGCCUGAGAGACGACCACAUGGUUCACGUCCACUUCAAAGAGGAGAUCGGCAUCGCGGAGCUCAUCCCCCUCGUCACCACAUACAUCAUCCUUUUUGCCUACAUCUACUUCUCCACACGUAAGAUCGACAUGGUGAAGUCUAAGUGGGGUCUGGCUCUGGCUGCUGUGGUGACAGUCCUCAGCUCUCUGCUCAUGUCUGUGGGACUGUGCACCCUGUUUGGACUGACACCCACGCUCAACGGAGGGGAGAUUUUUCCUUACCUGGUGGUGGUGAUUGGCCUGGAGAACGUCUUGGUCCUCACCAAGUCUGUAGUGUCCACUCCUGUUGACCUCGAGGUCAAACUUCGCAUAGCUCAGGGCCUUAGUAAUGAGAGCUGGUCUAUCAUGAAGAACAUGGCCACUGAACUGUGCAUCAUCCUCAUUGGAUAUUUCACUCUGGUGCCAGCUAUCCAGGAGUUCUGUCUGUUUGCUGUUGUGGGAUUGGUGUCUGAUUUCUUCCUGCAGAUGUUCUUUUUCACGACAGUACUGUCUAUUGACAUCCGACGCAUGGAGCUGGCUGACUUGAACCGCCGCCUACCAGCCGAAGCAGGACUACCACCACCAAAGCCUGGCCCGCUGCGUCCACGCGAGGUCCCCCCUCCACCCCGACCCUCCCCCCACACAAUCACCCUGCAGACCCCAGCCUUCAGGAACCUGAGGCUUCCUAAGAGGCUACGUGUGGUGUACUUCCUGGCCCGCACACGCCUGGCUCAGCGCAUCAUCAUGGCUGGCACUGUGAUCUGGAUCGGCAUCCUCGUCUACACUGACCCAGCCGGAAUACGCACCUACCUUGCUGCACAGGUGUCUGAGCAAAGCCCUCUGGGAGAUCACGGAGGAGGGGGUCUGCCCCCUCACCUGGGAGUAGCCCCCGUCUUUCGGGGAGGAGAUCCUACCAGCACCCUCAGCAUCCACCCCGCACCAGAUCCGACACCCUUACCUGAGAACCAAUCACAGGGCCACCAUGGCUCAGCCAGGGCAGGGCCCCUCCCCCAGGCUCCACCUGCUGUGCCCCAGAUCACCUGGGGUGCUGAGGACGAGGAGGGCUGGAGGAGGCUCUCCUUUAGGCACUGGCCAUCGCUCUUCAGCUACUAUAACAUCACUUUAGCUAAGAGGUACAUCAGCAUCCUGCCUAUCAUUCCCGUCACCGUUCACCUGAGCCCUCAGGAGGCCAUUGAGGCACGACACCCUCAGGACACCAGACACCCUCCUCCACCCAUUCCCAAAGCGUCUGCAGAUCUGCAGACAGACCUCACCCUUUACAAGGUGGCAGCUCUGGGCUUGGCAGCAGGCGUCCUGCUGGUUUUGCUGCUCUUCUGUCUCUACCGGGUUCUCUGCCCACGUAACUAUGGCCAGAAUGGCGUCGCUCACGGGCGCCGACGCCGAGGAGACCUGCCCUGCGACGAUUACGGCUACUCACCUCCCGUCAGCGAGAUCUCACCUCUGCUGCUGAGGGGCCAUAGUAUGGACAUCGAGUGUUUGGCCAGCGACGGGAUGCUGCUGGCUAGCUGUUGCCUGGCAGGACAGAUUCGGGUUUGGGACGCCCAGACUGGUGACUGUUUGACCGUCAUCCCAAAUCACGGGCUCAGACGGAGCAGCAGCAGUGGCUGCUGGGAGCAGCGCGAUGGCUGGGACAGCAUGAGCGGAGCGGCAGAGUCGGAGUGUUUAGGCUCUGAAGCUGGUGGUGCCUGCGUUGCUGGUGACGGCCUGUCCGAGGAGGAGGGCUACCCUCUGAGACGGCGCGCUGCUCCCGCCCGGCCGACCCUGUUCACCGACCAGCCCGAUCUAACCCCGCUCAUCGACACCAAUUUCACCUCCCAGCCCCCUUCCCACCUCUCCACCCCACCCAGGGGAGGCUUCGACUUCGGAGGUCUGGUGGAGCGUGCCUACAUGGAGCACGAGCCCCCUUCACCCUCCACCUACCCCUCACCUUCCUCAGCCUCCUCCUCACCGCCCUCAGGAGCUCAUCUCCAGAGGAGACCCAGCUUAGGGGACACAGCUGCAUUCUUAGCCCAAGAGAGAGCCUGCACAGUGGGGACGCAGGCGACAGCAGACUGGGAAAGUUCUGUGUGGGCCAUGGAGCUGAGAGGAAACCUGAUAGCUGCUGGGAGGAGCAGCGGCAAACUGGAGCUGUGGGAUGCGGUCGAAGGGUCGUUACGCUGCAGUAAUGAAGACGGGGUUUCUGGGAUCACAGCUCUGGCCUUCCUCAACAACAGAAUCGUAGCGGCUCGGCUCAACGGGUCAUUAGAUUUCUUCACCGUUGAGAUCAACAAACCUCUGUGUCUGCUGCAGUACAGAGGUGCCCCUGGGCGCGGCAGCAUGCCUACCUCUCCCUGUUACAGCAGCGAGGAUGUGAUCAGCUGCCAGCUCACGCGCUCCGUACAGUGCGCCCACCAGAAGCCAAUCACGGUGCUGCGAGCGGCCGCCGGCAGGGUCGUCACCGGUAGCCAGGACCACACUGUCCGGAUUUAUCGUCUGGAGGACUCGUGUUGCCUCUUCACCCUGCAGGGUCACUCUGGAGGGAUCACAGCCAUCUACAUAGACCAGACGAUGGUUCUGGCGAGCGGCGGGCAGGACGGCGCCAUCUGCCUGUGGGACGUCCUGACAGGUAGCCGCGUCAGCCAUGUUUACGGUCACCGAGGCGACGUCACCUCGCUGGUCUGCACCACCUCUUGUGUCAUCAGCUCGGGACUGGAUGACCUCAUCUGCAUCUGGGACCGCAGCACCGGGAUCAAGCUCUACUCCAUACAGCAGGAGGUGGGUUGUGGUGCCAGUCUGGGAGUGAUCUCUGAGUCUCUCCUGGUGACGGGGGGCCAGGGCUGCGUCUCCUUCUGGGACCUGAACUUUGGAGACCUGCUGCAGACAGUCUAUCUGGGCCAGAGCAGCGACGGACAGGGCGUCAGGCAGCUGCUGGUGCUCGACAACGCCGCCAUCGUCUGCGACUUCGGCAGCGAGCUCAGCCUGGUCUACGUGCCCUCUGUGCUGGAGAAACUAGACUGAGGGACGGGUGGUCGGACGCAGCAGUCAAUACCGGUGGGAAUACUCAUCGAGGAAGAAAAAGUGCACUCAGAACGUUUCCUCUGAAUCGUUUUGACUCUCACUGGUUUUUUGCUUCUUUUGUUGUUUCUGACACCCAAAGGAGGCACGAUCAUAAGACUGGCUUCCAUGUGGAUACAAGGCUCUCUAUUUUUCUUUAAGUACAGGACUGGAUGUAAUGAGGAAAAACAAAAGCUGGGGACUGAUUGUGCAACCUGCUGCAUUUGAUCUGAGGGGGGUGGCAGACCCUUGUUACCCUCGUGUUUUGAGGGUCGUGAGGUUCAAGAAAAGCUGGAUGUUUCUCACUUGAAGGAGAUCCACCAGUCACCGGUUUGUGCUUUGUUUUUGCGCGUGUGUGUUUGUUUUGUGGCUCUGCCCUCUAUGCUGCUGACACGGGUGGGGCUUUCACUGUGACCCACCCGUCCAGAGAGGAAGAUGAAACUAUCUCCUUAUUUUUUAAUAUUCCUGCUGCCUCGUUUGCCUGACGAGCGAAGUGCAGCCACGGCGAGCCCGACGGCUCUACAGCCGGUUGGGAUGAGCUGCGCAGUUCGACAUAAGUGUGUGUGUUUGGGACCGAAUGAAUGGAUUUAGGCCUUUUUAGGGCAAAACACUGCUGAGAACAAAAAUUCGGUUAUAUGUGAAGUGUGUGUGUGUGUGUGUAUGUGUGUGAGGGAGAACUGAUGAUUAUUGUAUAAAGUAAACCUCCAGAGGGGGCUUUUUUUAUAUGUAUAAAUCUGUUAUUUAUUAGCGAUACAUUUUUGAAUAACACUUUGUUUAUGAAUGGCUAAUCCCAGCUCUUAAACAAGAAUAUAAUAAUGUGGAAAUAAUAACAAAAAAAUAAGGUGGUAAUUAUUUGUUUGGCAGGGUUGGGGAAUCUGUUAUGUCACGAUUUGUUUUAACGUUGAACUGGAAUCAUUGGGGUGUUUGUUGGCAGUUGGGGGCUGAAAGAGAGAAGGUUCCUCCUUUUUUACCCCUCUGAUCCUGAUCUGGGGUUACUGAUGCCGAGCGAGGGCCCCCGUUUGCUGCACGUUUGUUGGGCUACCUCCAUUUUCCAAACUGCUUGAAUUUUGAAUGAGAAUGCUGAUGACAUGUCCAUUUUUUCUUUCUUUUUGUAAAUGGUGCCCCGUAGAGAUUUUUUUAUAUCACUGUAACUGGUCCAACUUAAAUUUCCAGUCUAGGAUUUUCAUUUUGGCCACUGACAAUAUCAAAACAGAGUGAAGUGCAUCCAACAUGAGACCCCUCGCUAUCAUUUACAUGUUGGAGAUGCAAACCUGAGUGGAUUUGGCUGAAAACCUGUCUGCCUUUUUCUGCAGCCAUCAGUGAAAAUGUGAAGAAAUAGACUCCUUUAGAGACUCCAAACUACCUAAACAGUUGUUUUGGCUCAGUUUUAUGCUACAAGCUAAUAAUACGCACAGAUGCUCUUGUUUAGCCAACAACUUACAUGCUCUUUCUGGGCUCCUGCAGUCAUUUUUUAAUUCACUGUUACUUUGUUGAUAAAUCUUUAUAUCAGGACUAAAACUUUUCCACGCACUUCACAUUAUGUAUGACUGGAAUUGAGUUUGUUGGAUGAAAUGAUUCCUUGGCUCUGCCCACUGAGGCUGAACAACCAAUACAAAUAUUUAUCUAAUUUACUCAUCAAGCUAUUAAUUCUUUUUUUUUAUUUAUCAGAAUCCACUCUUACUGUUGAUGUGCUAAUGUUACUGUCACAAUCAGAUGUAGGACUGGUUCAGUGAAGUAAGAAUGAUUAAUUACCAACACGCAGUCUCUGUUAAAUUCCCUUACAGCUCGUCUACUUACCUUUUAACACUUUAGUACGUCCUGUUUUAUUCCACAACAUUCAAGUCACUCAUAAAAAAUAAGGAAAGUCGUUUGGCUUCACCUGCUAGUCAGUGCCUGAACUUCACCCCUUUACUGUGGACACCUGCUGAAUGUAGUCCUGCAGGUUUAAGACUAAGACACCAAUCAUCUGCCGUCUACUGAAUGUUGUCCCAGAAGAAGGUGUGACGAACAAAUCUGUUAAAAACCGGCGACUGAAUCCCUUACGGUAUCGCAUCGUUAAUUCUCUGCACUACUAACCCUCUCUGACGCGCACGCUCACACACAUUAGGCACUUUGGCGAACAUUAGCUCACAUAAAGGAAGUGUGGACCUAACUAAAGUGAGUUCACAGCUGCGGCACUAGUUAACAUGCACACUGCAGAUGUGUCGAGGUCGCAGGUCUGGUGUCACUGGGAUGCGGCGACCAAGUGUUUCCUGUUCUGCUGAAAAUGGUUUGGACAGCUGCUCAUGUUGAGUUAUUAUUUGCAUUGAAUUGACCCACAGAAACCAGACCUGUGACCUCCUUGGCAUUGUAACCUGUUAAUUUAUUAGCUUUGUGUUUUCUGUUGUAAAUGGUAGUGAAAAAGCUUUUUAGAAAUGGGAAAAUGUGUAGCUAGGGUUGUUUUUCUUUGUUUUGUUUACUUCUGUUUUCUAGCAAUGUGAAUUUGAUUUAAAGUUGGAGAUUUUGGGAGAUUGGUUUGAUGUUGUUUCUGAUGGAAGGUUACAUAUGAGUUAGCACUCAAUUUAAUCUUAAUCUUAACAGUUAAUUUCCAGCUAGCAGUCAGUCAUCAUAAAGGCUGGAAAUGGAUUAGCAGCUAGCGUGGCUGUGCUUGAUGGUAACAGAAUCGGUUCCAUGACAUUCUUCCAUUGGCUCAUUAUUCCCUGCAUUAAGUUAAACAUUACAUAACAUUGCACAUGUGCAGUAACAAACAGGUGCUGACACACAGAUAUCUUCUACUUAUUUAUGCCCCAGUGUCCUUAAACGUGCACCGUGGCAUCGAGGCAGAAAAGGUGCGAAAAUUCGGAGCCGUUUGAUAUUCCUGUAAAAUCACUGGAGUGAAUAGCAGUUGUUAAGCUAGCUAAGCUAACCUGCUGCUGGCUGUAGCCUUAUAUUUAUAACUGACCGUUAUUAGAGUGGUACUGAUCUUCUCUUGUCUAAUUCUCCACCAGAAAGUGAAUAAAAUGUCCCAAAAUGUCGAACUUGUUCCUUUAAGGACGGAGGGUUGGUGUGGCAAUUUCACUUGAAUCUUAGCUUCUCCUGAAUGUUGUGUUUCACGGGGACUUGUGACUAUCUGUAUCCAACAGAACAAAUGCGGUUCUGCCUGAUUUAUUUCAGUAAACCGUGCUUGUUGUUGCUUCUGAGCUUCCAACACACCUUUUCAUCUGGCUUUCUGUGUAUCAUAUCAGGUUUGUGGAUGCAGCCAUGACAUCCUUUGAGUAGUUAAAGCAGAGAAAGGUUGAUUCUCACAGUAACUGCAGAACUCUAUUUCCUGCUUUGUGGUCCACCUGAUCUCCCACCGGCUGACUAAACAAGUAGAAAUCAGAUUCUGUAUCUUUCAGUUUUCCACUGUUGAGACAGCUGAGGUGAAAAUCAGAGCUGUGGGAGAAGAAACAAAAUUCUGUAACAGUUUAGUCUGAAAAUCCCCAAGUCUCCUCCUUCCCCCCAUUUAGCCUCCUCCCUUCAUUGGCUGGCUACAAUCUACACAGGCUGUAGUAGUGGAGGUAACUUAUUUACUAUUUUGUAAUGCGCAAAACUUUUUACUAAUUUUCAAAUAAAGAGGCUUUGAUACCACAAAA